AUGGCAAGAAAGCCGGCAAAAGUCCAAAGGCCUGUGGUUGUGCAAAGAGCAAUGUACAAGCUGAAAUCAGAAGAUGGACAGGUUUUUGAGACCGAUCGGAUGGCGCUCAAGAAGUCAUCGGUUUUCGAACAACAUCUUCUCGCGAACGGCAUCGACGACAGUAACUCCUCCGAAAUGCAACCAUUUCUCGUCCCUUACCCGGGAAUUGUCAUUGAAAUGAUCAUCCGUUGGCUGAACCAUCAUCGAGACGACCGUCCGAGACAACGACGAACCCUCUACCGGGACAUUUCUCACUGGGACAAGGAGUUUCUCAAAGUGGACACCGGUGUCCUUUUCAAAAUGCUCAACGCUUCACACUACCUGAAAAUUGAAGAGUUGACGCAUCAAGGAUGCGCCGCCGCGGCUGAAUUGAUACGUGGAAAGAGUACGGAGGAAAUACGAAAGAUCUACGGAAUUAAAUCGGAAGAGGAGCAGAUGGAAGAGGAUAUUGCCAACGGAUUGCCAGGACCCUCAGGAUUGCAGAAUGACUCUUGA